AUGGGGAUGGGCGUCGCCAAGGCCAUGCGGGGCCCGGGGGAUGUCUCCGCCGUGGGCCGGGUGCUGGAGCGCUCGCGCUCCAAGCGGUCUAGUGGCUGCGGGGCCCGCGAGUCUGCCCUGGAGGCCGCAGGCUUCUGGCGCGACCCGUCGGGCAAGUGGCAGGUGUCCGACUCGGACGCAGACCCGAUAACCGAGGGCGCGAGGGUGCCCGCCAGGCUCCUCGCGUCCAGUCUCUGGCGCACCUGCUAUGUACGCAAGUGGUUGUUCGAUGAAAGCAUUCUUCCGAUGGAAGCACGGGUGGUCCUCGUGGCCGUCAAGCGCUGUGCUCUCUUCCAGAGAGCCCACGAUUCGAGGCAGUUGAUUCUAGGUGAUAAUACGUCAGUUGUCCUUGCCAGCAGUCGUAGCAGGUGCCACGAAUUCAGGCUGCUCGCCAUCGCCCGACGCAUCCAGGCCGAUUGCCUCUCUAGGAACAUGCAAUUUCUGGUCCGCUGGAUCCCAUCUGAGUUCAACGUUUCGGACCUGGGUUCCAGGGUGUCCAGCGGGCCCGAAUCAAGCAAUCUUUUGGUAGACGAGCUAGACGCCAGGCGAGAGGCACGCCUGACCCACGAGGACGCCCAUGGGGGCCUAGUCUCGCGCCUGAUCCCGCCUGAUCCCGCGGCCCGCGCGGGGGGCGAGGCUGGGGCUGAGCCCGCCAGCUCUGCGACAAUCCGCUGCAGGGCGCAAGCGGGCGCAGAUAGACGCGGGCGGCUGCAACGAAGUCGCGACAGCGGCAGCACCACGAGCGAGCAGAGCGGAGGCAAGCGCGCCGUUCCGAAGCGGGCGGCGGCGCUGAGGAAGAAGGCUCGCCAGCGGCGGUCAAAGUUCCUGUCGGAGCCGGCGACCAGGGCCAUGGACGGCGGACUCAACUUCCUCGAGGUCAGCAGCGUCGCGAAGCCGGUGCGGGAGCGGUGCGAGAGGGAGGUGAUGGAGUUCAUAGGCUACUGCGACCGCCCCCCGACCUUUGCGCUGAGAUCAUCUACCCAAGUGGACGCGGCGCUCUCCCAGCAUUUCAACUGCCAGCUUUUCCACGGCCACGGGGCGGCCAAGGGAGAGCAGGCCUUAGCUGGCCUCAUGUACUCGAGGCCAGAGUUCGGCAAGUGGGGCCCCCAGAAGCUGCCCAAUGCCUGGCGAGCGCUGCGAGGCUGGCGCAAGCGAGCGCCCGCUCGCAGCCGCCGGGCGUGGGCCUUGGGAGUCUGGGCCGCCCUGGCGCGGCGCCUAGACGCGACCCAAGGGCUGCUGAUGUGCGCGUUCUCCUUGCUCUCGCUCAGUGCACGAGGGCUCAUCAGGCCCACGCCCGGCGUCUCCAAGAACUGGAGCAUCCUCCUCUUCCCCAACGACCGCCUCGAGAGGUCGAAAACGGGCCUGGUGGACGUGCGCAUUGCCCUCGACAGCACAUGGGCGCAGUGCCUGACUCCGCUAUGGCCGCUGCUGAUCAAGGGCGAUCCCGACGGCCUCGUGUUCACAUUCGAGCAUCUGGCCUACAUGCGUGCCUUCCAGAGCAGCGUGAAGGAGCUGGGCCUAGAGGACAGGAUCAUCCCCUACCAGACGCGCCACAGCGGUCCCUCCAUAGAUGCGUCGAGGGGCUGGCGCGCGGCGGAGGAGGUCCAGCGUCGGGGGCGAUGGAAGCAAAUCAGAUCAACGAUCCGCUACGAGAAGGGGGCCAGGCUUCAGAUCGUCUGCGAGCUGUGCGAGAGACAUCUCGCGGACAUCGUGCUGCGACGCCCGACCUAUGCCGCCGCCGCGUUCGCGAGCACAUCCAGUCUCAAGUCCUGCGAGGCGAGGCAGCUGCAGCCAGUCUUGCGCCUCCGCGCGG